CGGAGAAGCGUUUGCAGUGGUUCCGCUGGCUCACUAAGAUGGCCAUGCACUGGGCUCUGCAGAGAGGCGGUGCCUAUGCGCUGCUGGACCGGGCGGAACGAGUCGUCGUCGCCGUCACUCUUGUGAGUCCGCCGGGUGCGCCCUCGGUCGAUGAGCUCGGGUUCUGUGGGGAGCUGGGUCUCAUUUGCAAGGCCGGGCUUCCGCCGUUUUCGACGGAUAGCGAGCGUACGGGAGCGGAGUUCGGCAGUUGUAUGGAUCGCAUGCGGACAUUGGAGACGACGCUGGUCAAGGCGCACAAGGAACUAGAGGCGGAAGCGGCAGGGUCUGGCAAGACUGGCGACCUUCACGUCGCCAUGGUGGCCGCCGACCCACAGAGGCAGGGACAAGGCGUCGGCUCCGCUCUGCUCCAGCUCGUCUCGGAUAUCGCCGAUGCCGAUGCGGUGUCUGCGCACCUCGAGACGCUUGGAGAGCGCAACGAAGGCUUUUAUGCCAAGAAGGGGGGGUAUCGGCUGGCAAAGAGGGUGGUCGUGCAGCAUAAGAACUGUAGGCUGGAUCUCGACGGCGGCAUUGCGUUGAUGGUGAGGCCGGCGAAGUGCCGAGUCGAGCCUGUUUAGCUAGCUGCCAUCCCAUUACACUGCCGAGGGCGUCGACGGCAGGUCAGCCAAUCUGAGUGAUACAUCGUUGGUGGAGGCCACGGAUGCAGCCUCGCUCCACCAGUCACGAGUCACUCACAUUGGCUGACCUGCACGAGUAUGCCCAUGCACUGCCGUCUGCUCAUUCAUGCUUCAUGAGGACCGACAACGUAUCGUUCUUAAAGGACUGCAUCUACGUGGCUAUGUCGCGGCUAUGUGUAAGCACGCAUUGUUCGGUCGCACGCGAACGCGAACGCAAACAACCUG